AUUCGACACAACGCGCGCAGGCAACAGGCUGCGAACUUACACGACCUUCUUUUGAUCCGCUUUUGGACACCAUUUUUAAUUUUGGGGUUUAGAGUUUGACUUUAUGAAGCGGUUUGGGAUGUAACUUCCAAAGUUGCCUGACUUUUUGCGGAAUUCCCGCGUUUCCCGGAGGUUUGUUUCCCUCGCGUCGUCGUCGUCGUUGUUGUUGUUUUCACCGGCGGCGCCACCACCACCGAGGGGAGGACGCGGUAACUCCAUCCCUUCGGCCUCUCGACCACCAUGGCGGAAGCGGCGCGGCAGCAGCCUGCCCACCUGGUGGACAUCGACCCGGACUUCGAGCCCCUGGCCAGGCCCCGCUCGUGCACUUGGCCCUUGCCCCGGCCGGAGUUCGUCAACCCGGGCGACUCCGACACCUCGUCGCCGGUGCCGUCCGUCAAGCAGGAGCCCGCCGGCAACGAGUUCAUCAGCAACCUCAGCCUGCUGGAGGAGAACGAGGACCUUUGCGCCGACUUCCAGUGCCCGGAGACGUGCGUCCACCGGCAUCCCUGCACCCCGCAGCCGCAGCAUCAGCAUCACCCCAAGCCUCCGCUCCAGCAGCAUCCCCAUCCGCAGCCCCAGCAGCAGCAGGUGCCCCUGCUCUCCUCCCCGGUCACCGGCUCCCCGGCCUCGGCCGCCGCCGCCCAGAGGAAGAGCAGCUCGUCCCGGCGGAACGCCUGGGGGAAUAUGUCGUACGCGGACCUCAUCACCAAAGCCAUCGAGAGCUCCCCGGAGAACAGACUCACCCUGUCUCAGAUCUACGACUGGAUGGUGAAGAGUGUGCCUUAUUUCAAGGACAAGGGGGACAGCAACAGCUCUGCGGGAUGGAAGAACUCCAUCAGGCACAACUUGUCUCUGCACAGCCGCUUCGUCCGCGUCCAGAACGAGGGCACGGGCAAGAGCUCGUGGUGGAUGCUGAACCCCGAGGGCGGGAAGAGCGGCAAGUCGCCCCGACGCCGGGCCGCCUCCAUGGACAACAACAGCAAAUUCAGCAAAAGCCGCGGACGGGCUGCCAAGAAAAAGUUGUCCCUGCAGGGCGGCCCAGACGGCGGCGCCGACAGCCCGGGCUCGUACAACAAGUGGCCCGGCAGCCCCAACUCCCACAGCAACGACGACUUCGACGCCUGGAACAGCUUCAGGCCUCGCGCCGGCUCCAACGCCAGCACGGUCAGCGGGCGCCUCUCGCCCUUCAUGCCCGAGGACGACAUGAGCGAGGCGGAGGUGCACAUGGGCUACCCGGGCGCCCCGGGGCCCAAGAUGACCGCCACGCUGCCCAGCCUCACCGAGAUGACGGGCUCAUUGGGCCACAGCUCGGAGAACGUCAUGGAGAACCUCCUGGACAAUCUGAACUUGCUGUCGCCUAACAACUCUCAGGUCGGAGGAGGGGCGGUGACCCCCGGGUCGUCCCAGUCCUCCCCCUCCCCAAUGAUGCAGCCGAGCCCCGGGUACCCUCCUUACAGCUCCCCUAGCAUGGUGUCGCAGCCUCAGCAGGAGUACCGCAAGUGCGUGUACGGUCAAGCGGGGAUGAACGCUAUGUCGCCCAUACCGAUGCAGACCCUGCCAGAGAGCAAGCCCACCUUCGGGCCCGGCGUGGGUCCGUACGCCCGCGGGUCGGUGCAGCUGCCCGGGCUUCUCAAGGAGCUCCUCACGUCGGACACGGACCAGCAUGGGGAGCUCCUGCCGUCGGUGGACACGGUGGUAUCGCAGCCCGGCGGGGGCUGCAUGCUGCCACCGUAUAGCGGCAGCCAGCAUGUGGCCAAACUCAUGGCGGUGGGGAACGCUCACCCUCACGGCCUGUCCCACGCUCACCCGCACGCUUCGCCGGCCAUGAACGGGCGACUGCUUAUGUCCCUCAAUCACAGCGGGGGCACGCCGCACCUGCCUUCUGCCAAGAACCCGAUGCAGAUGCCCUACGGCUUGUCCAGCCACCUGGGUGGCGGGGGCGUGCCCGGCGGCUUUUGCCCUCUCAACACCAACGGAUACGGACGACUAGGCCUGGCGCCGCCCUCCCACCUGGAAAAGCUGCCCAGCGACCUGGACGACAUGUCCAUCGAGAAGUUUGAGUUUGACAUGGAGACUGUCCUGCACGAAACUCUGAUGGAUGGCGACUCGCUGGACUUCAACUUUGAGCCGAUGGCUACCCAGCAAGGGUUCCCCCACGGGGUGAAGACCACCACACACAGCUGGGUGUCUGGCUAGGAACUGGAGGAGUGAGAAUGUCAAAGAAAAAUGUACAAUCAACCUGACUGAUUUUUGCCUUUUGGUAAGAAGUUUAUUUACCUUUAACAUUCCUGUUUGAAAAGACUUUAAUCGAUCACUUGAAUGAUAGCGGUACCAGAUUUUGAUCUAUUGGACUUAUCAAUCUUGACAAACUACGUGCCAAAUUUGCCUUAACUUAGGAGCCCACUGACACACACUGUCGGUUGGUGUCCGGUGUAUCAUAAACGAAGGUCGAAUGAAAGGCAACUGGACUUGGUGGUUUUCUGCAAGGCUUUUCAGCUGUAAGUGUCUGGUAGACAUAUUCAACUCUAUUGCGGCAACGAGACCAGUCAUCAGUUCCAAAACAUCUCCGACGAUGUCCACCUGAAUACGAAGAGGGGUGUUUUGCGAGUUGGUACUUUGUGCUCCGUAGACUUCAGUUAAAAGUAGCUAGUCUAGUAGCAUCUGGAUGACGCAAGUCCUUAUUUCCAAAGCGUGUCUGGUAGUGGCCCACCUGACUUUUUAGAGGUGGUCUUGACAAGUUUGGUCUUCAAAAGACUUGAGUUCUAAGUUUGUGGCAGACAAAUUCAACUCUCUAGUGGCACCUGGACAACAUCAGUCCUUAGUUCCAAAACGUGUCUGGCGGUGGGCCAUCUGACUUCUAAAAAGAGGGCUUUACAAGGUGGUCUGAAAGACUACUUCAGUUCGAAGUGUCUGAUAGACAACUAGAUCAGUCAUCAGUUCCAAAACAUCUCUAGCAGUGGUCCACCUAACUGCAAACAAGAGUCUCUUUUUUUUUUUUUUUUUUUUUUAUACAAAACUUCAGACUUAGGUCCUAAGCGUCUGGUAGAUGAAUUCAUCUUUUUAGUAGCACCUAGGUGCCGUCAGUCCUUAGUUCCAACUUGUCUGGCGAUGGUCCACCUGACUGGGAGCUACAGGCUUGUUAGAGGCGGUCCUAAAAGGAUUGACGUCUCCCUCAAAGCGACAGUUUUCUCUAUCCGAAUCCUAAAAAGAAUAUCCCUUAUUCUCGAGGUAUCUUUGUAGUCUUGAACCAGUUUUAGUCCCUUGUUGCCUUGCAUUCCACCUUCCUACUAGCAUGGAUUAUGACCAUGGAUGACUGAGAACCAACACACCCAUCAUCAGCAGCAUUAAAGAAAAAAACAUUUGUUUUCCGCAUUAAAACAUUUUUUCAGUGCGGUCAACCGGCGAAGAUUUCUUGGGAACCUUCUAUUUUUAUCUGAAUGUACAUAAAGCCGUCACGCAAUCAGGUCUUGCGUGUAUGUGUGUGUGCUGUCUAAAGACCACAUUACGUUUACACAACAGAAACAAAAAUCCAAUCUGGCUCCAAGAGAAAAGUGGAUGGUUUUUUUU